AUGACACCGUUGUUGGGCAAUGCCAUGGAACAAGUCUUAGAGUGGCAAGAACAAACGGUGCUGUUUGGAGCAACGCCCGAAAAAGAAUUUGACUCCUGUAUUGAACUCAAUUUGCACAAAAUGAAUGCCGGAGAAUGUACCCUCACUAUUUUAAAAUUGGGGCAACAGUUUGAAGGGAUAUCAAGACGAUGGAGACUUUUUAAAAGGACGAUUGGGAGUGGCACCGACACCGGGGUCGACGCGUGUCUUGGAUCGAGCCACGGGACAACUAGUCGAGUUGAGAACAAUGGGCAAGAUCCCUUUCGAUUGUCGCAUGUCGCGGCCGAAGAUUUGUACGUGGCACAAGGAUACGAACGGAAUGUUACGAUCGACUUUCUUCAAACCGUCCAGGAGAGUAUUGAAUCGGACAAUGUGGUGGUCGAUGACAAGUUCCCGGUAGCGACCGGGAUUCUCUUUACUACGGAUAUUGAAGUCCACACGUACCUCCACAACUUUUGGACUACAAGUCAGGCAACAAUAUCAUCCAACAACAACAACAACAACAACAACAACCAAACGCAACAACAAUUCCAAGAACAAACGGCAAUGGCACGAAAAGAGUUUGUAGCGGCGCUCACGGAAAAGGUCGUCUCGGCCAUUGACACGUACGAUGCACUCCCGACAACCCGCGUACCGACAUUGGAAGCGUAUCAGCGUCUGCCUACGAGGAGUCUACCACCCGGCACACAAUCUGAAUCAGAUUGGCACCAGUAUUCGAGCCUACGGAUAUGGAUUGAUUGCUCAGUGUUAUUUAUCUCGUCGCCCUUUUUGUUUGGGGUAUGGUCCAUUCGACAUCGAACCGACCGGAUUGUCCGGGCGUCCCAGCCACUCUUUCUCGUCAUGAUUUGUGCCGGAGCAAUCAUCUUUGGAUCGGCCAUCAAUUGUCCCGCUCGGGAUUGA